AAGAGCUGUUUGAUGCUGCAUAGAAACUAACGGCGCAACCUGCGGGCGAACAGUGACGCCGUGCGGCCGCAUCCGCGAAGGACGCAGCGCAGCGCGACCAGCCGCGGAGACGUUUCUGUUUUUUUCCGCUCCUGUUAUUAUCGCCACAGCGGCUCGAUCCGACACAGCACCAUAAUGGAGACCAAACCGGUCAUCACCUGCCUUAAAACGCUCCUUAUCGUCUACUCCUUCGUGUUUUGGAUAACGGGAGCCAUCCUGCUGGCAGUGGGAGUCUGGGGGAAGUUGAUGCUGGGCCCGUACAUCUCCCUGAUCGCCGACAACUCGACCAACGCCCCGUACGUCCUCAUCGGCACCGGGACCAUCAUCAUCGUUUUCGGCCUGUUUGGAUGCUUCGCCACCUGCAGAGGAAGCCCAUGGAUGCUGAAGCUGUACGCCAUGUUUCUCUCGCUGGUCUUCCUUGCGGAGCUUGUGGCGGGGAUCUCUGGAUUUGUGUUUCGUCACGAGAUCAAGGGAACCUUUCGCAGGACUUACACCGAUGCAGUCCUGAACUACAAUGCCAAGGACGAGGCGAGCCGUGCUGUUGACUACUUGCAGAACAGUCUGCGUUGCUGUGGAGUUUAUAACUACACCAACUGGUUUGGCAGCGUGUUUUACCCCUCCAACGGUAUCCCUGCCAGCUGCUGCUUUAACUCCUCUGAUUGCAACCCAGACGAUCUCCGCAAUGCAACUGUAGCGCCAAGCAAGGUCUACCACCAGGGCUGCUUUGAGUUGGUCACUUCGUUCAUGGAAACCAACAUGGCCAUCAUUGCUGGUGUGACGUUCGGGAUCGCCUUCUCGCAGCUGAUUGGCAUGUUGCUGGCCUGCUGUCUGUCCAGGAUCAUCACAGCCAAUCAAUAUGAGAUGGUCUAGCUGAUGUGACCGUGGCAGGAGAUGGAGAGAAGAAGAGACAAAGCGUCUUGUCGCAGGACUGAAACGAAUUCCCAAAACUCCCAUCACGCAGCUGCAUCGGAAGCUGCCUCCGUCCGUCUCUCUGCCUGUGAUCUCAUUGUAAUAUCUUUAUGUAACUUAUUGUAAAGCACCAUUCCUCGACUCGCUGCAGUUGCAUCAAAGCUUUCUGUACCACGCACCACAUCGACGCUUGACGUAAAAGUUGGCUCAUUGGCAUUUUUUGUUUUUUUUUCUCUGAUCGGUGCGGCAGGGGGAGCAGAGCGGACAGCGUCAGAAGGGCAUUACUUAAAAAAAAAA